CGGUAGAAUCCGUUAUGUCGUACCCUAGAUAGUGCACGUCCAUAAUGAACGUAGUGUUAUUUGGGAUCCAGCCCAAGCUGUGCGGGAGGUGUAAGAUGUCGGACCAGCGAGCUCUAAAGAACCCUUACCUGGACUAUAAUGGACCCGAGAGCACACAGGACCUGUUUGACUCUCAAGGCAGACUCACGCCCGCUUUCGCAAAUUGUAUUAACAGUAAGGUUAAACAGCUGGUGGCUGUGAUGGAGAACGGGCUGAAGAUGGCCGACCCGAGCGACUGCACCGGAUACACAGGCUGGGCAGGCAUCGCCCUGCUCUACCUGCACCUUCACUCGGUCUAUGGAGACCCUGCGUUCCUCCAGAGGGCACUGGAGUAUGUAAGCCGCAGUCUGAGGAGUUUAACUCAGCGUUGGGUGACUUUCCUGUGCGGAGACGCCGGGCCGCUUGCCGUGGCUGCUGUUAUUUAUUACCGCUUACAGAGAACCCAGGAAUCAGAGGAGUGCAUCAACAGGUUGAUGCAGUUGCACAAAUCAGUAGUAAAAGGUUCAGACAGCCUCCCUAAUGAGCUGCUGUAUGGCCGUGUGGGUUUCCUCUUCGCCCUCAUCUUCAUCAACCAGCAGUUCCAGCAGGAAAAGAUCCCCACACAGUACAUUCAACAGAUCUGUGAUGCUGUGUUGGCAUCAGGUCAGAAUCUGGCCCAGAGGAUGAGGGUGGAGCAUCAGACUCCGCUCAUGUAUGAGUGGUACCAGGAGCAAUAUGUGGGUGCAGCUCAUGGUCUUUCAGGCAUCUACUACUAUCUCAUGCAGCCCGGUUUCAUCUCUAACCACAGCAUCGUGCCUGCCCUUGUGAAACCCAGUGUGGAUUACGUGUGCCAACUGAAGUUCCCAUCAGGUAAUUACCCUCCAUGUGUCGGCGACAACCGUGAUCUCCUGGUGCACUGGUGCCACGGCUCUCCUGGACUCAUCUACAUGCUUCUGCAGGCCUACAAGGUGUUUGGUGAGCAGCAGUACCUGCAAGAUGCCAUGCAUUGUGGUGAGGUGAUCUGGCACAGGGGUCUCUUAAAGAAAGGUUACGGAUUGUGUCAUGGCGCAGCGGGAAACGCCUACGCCUUCCUGGCUCUUUACAGACUCACCCAGGAGCCCAAACACCUCUACAGGGCCUGCAUGUUUGCAGAUUGGUGCAUGAGCUAUGGGAAACAUGGCUGCCGCACUCCAGACACACCUUUCUCGCUGUUUGAAGGAAUGGCUGGAACUAUUUACUUCCUAACCGACCUCCUGCAGCCGACAACAGCCAAGUUCCCAGCGUUCGAGGUGUAAAGGUUCACUGCUACACAACGUCGCACACUAAUCAACGCUUGAAGUGCAAAACCUCACCCUGGAGUUUUAGCGUCCUCCAGGAUGGAGACACACACACACACACACACAACUGUUUUCUCGUUGCUCCCAAUGCUCUAGGGAAAGUGUGCAUGCCUGGUGUGCAGUUGUGUCCUAUUCACUGUCCAUGUUCAUGCUUCCAGUUUAGCGUCAUAAACUAAAAACAGGAAGUGGUAAGCUUAAUUUGUGAACUGUAUCUGGAAAUCUUUGUAUUAGAGUUGUUUUGGUGAAUUGUUAUCAAUAAUGACACAAGAAAUGGGAAUUGUG